GUCAACAGUCAGAGACUACACUCUCUGACCACCGGACACAUACAAGGAAUUGGAACAUCAGUAGUGAGCUGAUACCUUUAGGAAAAGAAAUAUACCUGAAGUUGCUGUAAAAUGGCUAAGUUGUACAAGAAAACCUCUGGGAACGGCACACUUACCCUUUACCUGGGAAAGAGAGACUAUGUCGACCAUGUUCAGAAUGUGGACCCUGUUGAGGGAGUGGUGAAAAUUGAUCCUGCAGGCAUUGCAGGCAGGAAAGUGUUUGUGAAGCUGGCUUGUGCCUUUCAUUAUGGCCGCGAGGACCUGGAUGUCAUUGGACUGUCCUUUAGGAAAGACAUCUGGGUCAAGCACAUCCAGUUGUACCCUGAUGCUGGCCACAAACCCAACCUCACUCCCAUGCACGGCUGCCUGCUCAAGAAAGCAGGAGAGCAGGGCCGUGCCUUCACUUUCGACAUUGCCACAAACCUUCCCUGCUCUGUCACACUCCAGCCAGGACCAGAUAAUGCUGGAAAGGCUUGCGGUGUGGACUUUGAAGUCAAGACGUACAUUGCAACUGAGACAGACCCCGAAGUGGAACUUGAUAGGAAAGACACUGCUCGCAUGACCGUCCGUAAGAUCCAGUUUGCCCCAGACGCGACUGGUGCUCCUGGGCCCAAGGCUGACAUCUGCAAGAGCUUCAUGAUGUCUGACAAGCCUGUCCACCUACAGGCCUCUCUGGAAAAGGAGAUCUACUACCAUGGCGAUCCGAUCAACGUCAACAUCAAAGUCAAAAAUGAAACCUCCAGAACAGUGACAAAAAUCAAAAUCAUAGUUGAGCAGACUACAGACGUGGUUCUCUACUCCGCAGACAAAUACACCAAAACCGUACUUGCUCAAGACUUUGGAGAGACAAUAGAUGCCCAUAGCACAUUCAAUAAAUCCCUUGCCGUCACCCCCCUACUGGCCGAAAACAAGAAGAAGCGAGGUCUGGCGCUGGACGGCAGACUGAAGGACGAGGACACGAACCUGGCCUCCAACACCAUUAUUAGACCCGGUAUGGAUAAGGAAGUGUUGGGAAUCUUGGUCUCCUACAAAAUCAAGGUCAACUUGAUGGUGUCUUCAGGAGGCUUGUUGGGAGGUCUCACAGCCAGUGACAUACAGGUGGAGCUCCCGCUGAUUCUCAUGCAUCCCAAACCCCAAGAAGUAAGGGAAGUUACCCUUGAGGUUGAGUAAAUUCCCUCAGCAGUAGAGAAAAGAAAGAGGGACUGCAAAGAUGAAUGGAGCAACGCCAUUGACAGCUGCUCAGAUUGGGACUGACGAACAAACCAAAGAAGAAACAGGAAUACCUCAUAAGAAGAACCAUCCAUCAAAAACACAUGAUAUUGAUUUAUUUUACUAUUACAGACAUGUCUUCAGUUGUGGUUUUGUGAGCUUGUACUGUAUGUUGAUAUCCAUCCAUGCAUAUGAAUCAUAUCGCUUUACCAUUCACUCUGUACUUCUCACAUAAAUUCAUGGGGGGGGGGGGUCAACGAUCACAUCCAACCAGUGGCGACGCGUCAUUCAGGGCAGGUGGGGCCGUUUUGAACCAGUUUUUUUUGUUUGCCUGUUUUGUAUGUUAUUUUGGCAUUCAUACGUGUCACAUAUCAGUUUGCAAAUAAUGUAAAACAUGGUCUCUUUUUUGCUUUCUUGAGUAAGGCAGCGCCAAAAUGCAGGUGUUUCAGCAUAGCUCAGUACUUUCUAUGGUGGUGGGGCAGCCAGCAGAAAAUAUGAAGCAUAGGAUUUGUUCUCUAGUUGCGCCGUGAUUGCCUCAGUGUUCUGUCACUCAUGGGGACACUAUGUCACUGAAAAAUCUACGGGUGGAGCUUGAAAAUUCAAUCCCCUUGAGUGCUGCCAUAGACCUACAUUAGAAGUGCCCAUCCAAGAAGGCUCAAGGUCAUUAGCCACAGAUAAAAUGACGUUAAAUCACGUUAUAUCUACCGUAGCAUUGAUUGGACUGAUCAUGUGCACAUCAUACUUUCAAAAUCUUAGCUAGCAAGCUAGACAAGCAGUCAUCUUCAUGCAUCAAGUCGGUAAUCUACUGCCAAAUCCUUUUCAAACCUUGUCAUAUGAAGAGAAAUUACAGAUAAAACAUAUCGGUGCUCAUCGGCCAUUGGACAUUACACAACAAGUUGGAAAUCGCAAAUUCAACAAUGAGUGCUCACUG